AUGAAGCACAUCGUGUUGCACAGCUCCGCACACCUGGUGACCCCCAUGCCAUGGGAAACCGCUCACAUGCGUGUGCUCUCCGUGACAGGCAUGCCUCUCCGUGCAUGUACGUGUGAUGUGUUGCACGCUCACACGGAGCAGUGUGACCAGUCGGACAACCUUGCGCCAGGCCCCAAUACCCAGCCCCACAGCAUCCCGAGUGCCCCAUGGCGACAGCCCCACUGGCCCGACUGGCGGGGCCCAGACUCGCCCACGGUGCUCACCCACGGAACCAGCGCCCCUCCAGGAAGCAGCAGAUAUCUCCGGAGCCCAGCGCCCGCCUCCAUCCUGCACCUCCAGUCCCCCGGCGUACUGGUGCUGAGGUCCCACCACGGCUUGACACACGGGAUUAACAUCAUGGGCAUGGAGUGGAUUCCAGGGACCCGCUGCCCCAGCUCGCCAGACCGGCCCCCCCUCGAGCGCUGCCCCAGCCCCGGGGACUACAGCGGGCAGACUGAGAGACGCCCCCGGCAGGACCCGCUCUGGGCACAGGACAGGGCAGCCCAGUGCCGGCGGCAGAGGGAGCUGGUCGAGAACCUGGAGGAUCAGCUGGAGCGCGAGCGCAGCGCCUGGGGCCAUGCAGGCCCAGCUGGCCACGUCAGAGGCCACGGACCGAGCCCUCGACCCGCAAUGUCAGCAAAGGGCCAGCGCUGCGCCUCCUACCCCCCCAACUCCUCGGGCUGGGCCCGGUCCGGAGCCACCCUCCCUGCCCAGAAGGGGGUGCUGCAGCCACCACUGACCCCCCAGACCCACCCCUGCGUCAGCCAUGGCGCCGGCAUCUGCUCAGAUCUGGGCCCCACCCUGGAAUUUUAUCGGUUCAGCAGGGCCCGGCCGCCCUUUACCUACGCGAUGCUCAUCCGCUGGGCCAUUCUGGGAUCCCCCCACCGACAGCUGACGCUGAAUGAGAUUUAUCAAUGGUUCAGCCGCAUGUUCGGCUACUUCCGCCACAACACGGCCACCUGGAAGAACGCCGUGCGGCACAACCUGAGCCUGCACAAGUGCUUCGUGCGAGUGGAGCACGUGAAAGGCGCCGUGUGGACUGUGGACGAGGCCGAGUUCCAGAAGAAGCGGAACCAGCGACCAACCCCGUAUGGUGCUCUGGGGCGGGUGGAGCCUCCCCUUAGCCACGCCCAGGGACUGCCAGCUAUUAGCCACGCCCCCAGGAUGAUCCAGCACAGUGGGCGUGGCCUCCAGUUAGCCACGCCCCCAGAGGAUCCAGCAGGGGUGGGGGGCCCCAGGCAUUAG